AUGGCGAACCCAGCGCUGUGGGCACUGGUUUUCAUAAUUCAAGUGCCGCUCGUAAUGCUGAUCAUUUUCGCGACUCGAGUAUGGCGCAGGCAUCGCCGUUCCGUAUUCGAAGAAUUCUAUCCUCAAUUUCGCAGGCCCGACAUUGAAGCGGUUCGACCCCAGAGAGUCCGACCGGUGAUAACUAGCGAGGAUGUCGAUCGUCGAUUCCCUAUAGUCGGCUAUAGUGUCUGGAAGAGCGCCCACGAAACCCCGAGCCAGGGGAGCGCAGACCGUCCUUCCACGUCACUAGAGCCAACCACGCCUCGCGACUCCAGUCAUCAAGUACCCCCAAACAAACAAACACCAACUGAACACGACAACCAGAACGGGGGCCCUUCCUCCUCCGAAGAUUCGUAUUCCGUAUGUGCCAUCUGCGUCGACCAAUUCGACUCCAACGACGAGGUCCGACCUUUAACAUGCGGACACAUUUUCCAUCCCGCUUGCAUUGACAUGUGGCUGACCAAGCGACAAGCCUGCUGUCCCUUGUGCAAGACGGUCUACACCGGCGUCGGAGCGAGCCCGGAGUCAAACAUAGACGACGAGCCCGAGGCGUCCACCAUGCCCGAACCCCCUGCGGUAGCGGUGGUGCGCGAGGAAAGAGUUCCCCGAGAAUCCUGA